CUGACACAAUGGGCUUAAGCGCCAAACUCAUUGCUCUAUUAGAAGCCAUUGUGCUUUUUGGAUAUGUGCAUGGAGACUGUAACUCUCCACUUGGUCUCCAAAGCGGGGAUAUUCCCAAUUCGGACAUCACCGCCUCCUCCGAGUGGGCUGCAAACCACGGGCCCAGCAAUGCAAGGCUCAAUCGUCCAGCUGGUGGAGGUAAGACAGGAGCUUGGUCAGCUAAGGCAAACGACAAGGGACAGUGGAUUCAAGUGAAUUUUCGACAACUGACUCGUGUGACUAAGGUGGCAAUUCAAGGAAGACAAGAGUAUCCGCAAUGGGUUACUGCUUUUAAAAUAUCUUACAGUCUGGAUGGAAGAAACUUUCAAUAUUUGGAGAAGGUAUACCACGGCAACAACGACCAAAACAGCGUCGUGGUAAACACUUUAAUGACACCGAUUGAAGCUCGCUUUGUCCGUCUUCACCCAUACGCCUGGUAUGGGCACAUCUCCAUGAGAAUGGAGCUUUAUGGCUGCAGUUUGAAACCAGAAUGUAGACGUCCACUGGGAAUGGAGAAUUAUCGAGUUCCUGACUCAGCCAUUACUUCGUCUUCUCAGUGGGACGCCAACCAUGGACCCUCCAAUGCCAGACUUGACAGACCCAGUGGUGGAGGCAAGACUGGCGCCUGGUCAGCUAGGACAAAUGAUGUAAACCAAUGGAUUCAAGUGACAUUUUCUGAAAUCACUAAAGUGACAGGAGUUGGAAUCCAGGGCAGAUAUGAUUACAACCAAUGGGUUACUAAGUUUAAAGUCUCUUACAGUCUUGAUGGUAUCCAUUUCUCUACCCUAAGUAAGGUAUUCAACGGAAAUAACGACCGAAACACUAUCGUGGUCCCCGAUUUAGAGGCACCCUUUCAAGCUCGUGUAGUCCGCAUUAAUCCGUUAGAAUGGUAUGGACAUAUAUCCUUAAGAAUGGAAUUCUACGGAUGCCAAUUGUCAUCUGAAUGUGCAACUCCUUUGGGAAUGGAAAACAGGUUUAUCCCCAAUUAUGCCAUUACAGCUUCCUCAGAGUGGGCAGCAAAUCAUGGUGCUUCCAAUGCAAGACUUUAUCGCCCAGCAGGUGGUGGAAGGACUGGUGCAUGGUCUGCUAAAAUAAACGACAAAUCACAAUGGAUUCAGGUGGAUCUUCGCGGGAUUUAUAAAGUGACAAAGGUUCUUACGCAGGGAAGGCAGGAUUAUGCACAGUGGGUGACCCAAUUCAAAAUUUCCUACAGUUUAGACGGAACUCACUUUACAUCUCAGAACAAGGUAUACCAAGCGAACUCGGACCAGAAUACGGUGGUGGUGAACGUUUUAGAGAAGCCCAUCGAUGCUCGCUUCAUCCGUCUUCUUCCCCAACUUUGGCAUGGUCACAUUUCGUUAAGGAUGGAACUGUACGGUUGCAGUUUGAAAACAGAUUGUUCCUCGCCAAUGGGAAUGGAGAAUAAACUGAUACCGGAUUUUGCAAUCACCGCCUCGUCUGAGUGGAAUACAGGUCACGGAGCUAAAAAUGGAAGACUGUACUUUAUGGCAGGCGGAGGAAGGACUGGUGCUUGGUCUGCAAAAACAAACGACAGAUCCCAAUGGAUUCAAGUAGAUUUAGGAGAAGUUCAAAAAGUAACGCAAAUUGCUAGUCAGGGGCGUUCAGACUAUGCUCAGUGGGUGACGAGCUACAGAGUGUCUUACAGCACAUUAGGGAAGGAUUUUCAGCACCAAGAUCUUGUUUACCGCGCCAACAGUGACCAACAUAGUGUUGUUGUGAAUAGUCUUGUUAAACCAAUAGAGGCUCGCUUUGUCAGAAUAAUGGUUGAAGGAUGGAAAGGUCACAUUUCCAUGAGGUUUGAAGUUUACGGAUGCCAUGUUCAUGCAGAGUGUGAAACGUCACUUGGACUGACCAAUAAGAAAUUGCCAAACUCAGCACUACGUGCCUCCUCUGAGUGGAAUGGAGCACAUGGAGCCAGCAACGCAAGACUAUACCAUGUGUCAGGCGGUGGCAGAACGGGAGCCUGGUCCGCCAAGGUCAAUAACAAGGGGCAGUGGUUGGAAGUAGAUCUUGGUGAGACGACCAAAGUUACCAUGGUAGCGACUCAGGGUCGGUACGACUACGAUCAGUGGGUGCAAAGCUACAAAGUGGCGCACAGCAAAUAUGGCGAUCAUUUUGAAUUCCAAAACAAGGUAUACGAAGGUAACAAGGACAGGAAUAGUGUAAUCAUCAAUAAGCUGAUCCAGCCAAUCGAAGUUCGAUUCGUUCGAAUUUAUCCCGAAUCUUGGCAUGGACACAUGUCUAUGAGGGCGGAAUUCUAUGGCUGCACAAUUUCCUCAGAAUGCAGUUCUCCAUUAGGAAUGGAAAACUAUCAUAUACCAGACUCAGCCAUAACAGCUUCUUCGCUCUGGGAUCCCAACCAUGGACCAAACAAUGCCAGAAUCUACCACAUGGCUGGAGGAGGAAGAACAGGGGCCUGGUCUGCUAAGACAAAUGACAAGGGACAAUGGAUUCAGGUGAAUCUUAGUAGAGCUGUGGAGGUGACCAAAAUCGGGAUCCAAGGUCGUCAUGACUACGCUCAAUGGGUCACAAAAUUUAGAGUGGCCUACAGCACGGAUGGUCAGCACUUUACACUUCAGAAUCAGGAGUAUUCAGGGAACAGGGAUCAAAAUACUCUGGUUAUAAACGACCUUGCCAAAUCAAUCAAGGCACAGUACGUCCGUAUUCUUCCCCAAGAAUGGCAUGGACACAUCUCUUUGAGAAUGGAGCUUUACGGGUGUGAUUCUUCAGGGGCUAUCGACGGUGGUUACUCUGAAUGGAAAGAUUGGGGUAUAUGUUCGGCGACGUGUGGUGGAGGAACACGUUCAAGAAGCCGGUCAUGCAAUAAUCCUGUUCCACAGAAUGGUGGUGCAGACUGCUCAUCCCUGGGACCUAGUGAGGAAUUUGAGUCUUGUAAUAAGCAACCUUGCAAAGGAUAUGGCCCUGAAGAUUGUGACGCCCCUCUUGGCAUACAAAGUGGAGAAAUACCAAAUUCUGAUAUCACCGCCUCCUCCGAAUGGGCUGCAAACCACGGGCCCAGCAAUGCAAGGCUCAAUCGUCCAGCUGGUGGAGGUAAGACAGGAGCUUGGUCAGCUAAGGCAAACGACAAGGGACAGUGGAUCCAGGUGAAUCUUCGUCAACUAACUCGUGUGACUAAGGUGGCAAUUCAAGGAAGACAAGACCAUCCGCAAUGGGUUUCUGCAUUUAAGAUAUCUCACAGUCUAGAUGGAAAACAGUUUGAAUAUCAAGACAGGAUAUACGAUGGAAGCAAUGAUCAAAACAGUGUUGUAAUGAACACGUUGAUGGAACCAGUCAUCGCCAGGUUCGUCCGUCUUCAUCCGUACGUCUGGUAUGGACACAUUUCACUGAGAAUGGAGCUUUAUGGUUGCAGCUUGAAACAAGAAUGUCUAUCUCCUCUGGGUAUGGAAACCUACAGGAUUCCCAACUCAGCCAUAACCGCUUCCUCAGAGUGGGACGUUAACCAUGGCCCUACAAAUGCCAGGCUUAACAGACCCAGUGGUGGAGGCAAGACUGGUGCCUGGUCAGCCAAGAGAAAUGAUGAAAGCCAGUGGAUUCAAGUGACCUUUCCUGAAAUCACUAAAGUAACAGGAGUUGCAAUCCAGGGCAGAUAUGACUACAACCAAUGGGUUACUAAGUUCAAAGUGUCUUACAGUCUUGAUGGUAUUCAUUUUGUGACCAUACCUAUGGUAUACAACGGAAAUAAGGACCGAAACGGAAUUGUCAUCAACGAUUUAGAAGCACCCAUUGAAGCUCGAAUAGUUCGCUACAUUCCAGUUGAAUGGUAUGGACACAUAUCCCUUAGGAUGGAGCUUUAUGGUUGCCAUUUAUCAUCAGAGUGUGCAACACCUUUGGGUAUGGAAAACAGGUUUAUUCCCGACUACGCCAUAACAGCUUCGACUGAGUGGGCGGGAAAUCAUGGUGCUUCCAAUGCAAGGCUGCAUCCCUCAGCAGGCGGUGGAAAGACUGGUGCCUGGUCUUCGAGGGUUAACGACAAAUCACAAUGGAUUCAGGUGGAUCUUUGAGGGAUGUACAAAGUAACAAAGAUUCUAACCCAGGGAAGGCAAGAUUAUGCGCAAUGGGUGACUCAGUACAAGGUUUCGUAUAGCUUGGACGGAACUCAUUUUAUAUCUCAGAACAAGGUGUACCAAGCGAACAGGGACCAAAAUACAGUGGUAGUCAAUGCCUUAGAGAAGCCCAUAGAGGCGCGCUUUAUUCGCCUCCACCCCCAAUUAUGGCAUGGUCACAUUUCGUUGAGAAUGGAGCUUUAUGGUUGCAGUUUGAAAACAGAUUGUGCCUCGCCAAUGGGAAUGGAGAGUAAAUUUCUACCAGAUUACGCAAUCACCGCUUCGUCUGAGUGGAAUUCAGGUCAUGGAGCCUCAAAUGCUAGGCUGUACUUUAUGGCAGGUAGGGGAAGGACUGGUGCAUGGUCUGCAAGAGCAAACGACAGAUCACAAUGGGUUCAGGUGGACUUUGGGAAGAUCAAGAGAGUGAUGCAAAUUGCCAGUCAAGGCCGUUCAGACUACGCACAGUGGGUGACCAAAUACAGGGUCUCGUACAGUACAUUUGGAAAAACGUUUGCGCUUCAAGAUCAGGUUUACCAAGCUAAUAGCGACCAGCACAGCGUUGUUGUCAAUACUCUCGUUAAACCCUUCGAGGCUCGUUUCGUUAGGAUAAAACCUGAAGAAUGGCAUGGCCACAUUUCAAUGAGAUUUGAACUUUAUGGAUGCGACGUCUUUGAAGGAUGUGUGACGCCGCUCGGACUGACCAGUAAGAAGUUACCCAACUCGGUGUUAACAGCCUCUUCAGAGUGGAAUGGAAAUCAUGGGGCCAGCAAUGCAAGACUCUACUUCGUGUCAGGUGGUGGGAGGACUGGGGCCUGGUCUGCCAAACUGAACAAUAAAGGGCAGUGGUUACAAGCAGAUCUUGGCAAGACGACUACUGUUACUAUGGUGGCGACUCAGGGACGGUACGACUAUGAUCAGUGGGUAAAAAGCUUUAAGGUGGCUUACAGCAUGUACGGGAGUCAUUUUGAAUUUCAAAACAAGGUGUAUGAUGGCAAUACAGACAGGAAUAGCGUUAUCGUCAAUAGGUUGAUUCAACCAAUUAAAGCACGUUUCGUUCGUCUCUAUCCUGAGAGUUGGCAUGGGCACAUGUCCAUGAGAAUGGAACUGUAUGGUUGUGAAAUAUAUUCAGGAUGUUCUUCGCCACUGGGAAUGGAGAACAAUCGCAUACCAGACUCAGCUAUAACAGCUUCCUCAGAGUGGGAUCGCAACCAUGGACCGAACAAUGCGAGAAUUUACCACAUGGCUGGAGGUGGAAGAACAGGGGCGUGGUCUGCGAAGAAAAAUGACGAAGGACAAUGGAUUCAAGUCAAUCUUGGUAAAAUUGUGGAGGUGACCGAAAUAGGGAUCCAAGGCCGUCAAGAUUACGCUCAGUGGGUCACCAAAUACAAGUUGUCUUACAGCACAGACGGUCAUCACUUUACAUUUCAGAAUCAGGAAUACCUUGGGAAUAAAGAUCAGAAUACCCUCGUCAUUAACGACUUGGUCCAGCCAAUCAAGGCACAGUACGUCCGAAUCCUUCCACAAGAAUGGUAUGGUCACAUCUCGAUGAGAAUGGAGCUGUAUGGCUGUGUUUCAAAACCUGUUAAUGGUGGAUACUCCGCUUGGGGACCGUAUGGUGAAUGCAGUAAGCCAUGUGGUGGAGGAGAACAAACUCGAAGGCGUACCUGUACCAAUCCACCACCAGCACACGGCGGUAAAAACUGCGCCAGUCUGGGACCAGACUUCUCAACCAAAGAAUGCAACACUCAAAACUGCCCAAUUGAUGGUGGUUAUAGCAAAUGGCUAGAAUGGAGCGAUUGUUCUGCCACCUGUAAUGGAGGCAGCAGAGUACGCAGCAGGAAAUGUGACAACCCUGCUCCACAGUAUCAAGGAAAGAAUUGCGUUGGACCCUCGCUGGAGACAGAGGAUUGCAAUAAGGAAGGAUGCCCAAUAAACGGUGGUUAUGGACCAUGGGGUUCUUGGGCUGAUUGUUCUAAAACGUGUGGAAAAGAGAAGGGCAUGAAGAGACGCGUCAGGUUGUGCGAUCAUCCAGCACCAGAGAAUGGCGGAAAGGAUUGUUCCGGUCUUGGAGUAGAUAGCGAGACAAAGCCAUGCACACCACCAAUAAAGAAAUGUCCAGUGGACGGUGGAUGGGGAGAAUUUGGUGAGUGGAGUGAGUGCUCGGUUACAUGUGGAGGAGGAGAACAGAUCAGGGAACGAAAAUGUAACAAUCCUAAGCCUGGAGCUGGUGGGAAAGAUUGCGAAGGAGACUAACAGGAGACCAACGAGUGCAACACCUUUAAGUGUGGACCUGAAUGGAGGCCCGUUGGCUGCUUCAUGAAUAGCGAUCGCGCCCUUGGACAGCUCCUUGAGAGAGUCGGUAGCAAGCCAUCAAUAAGCUCCCGCUACGCAGCUUGCACUUCAGCGGCUGACAGUGGAGAUGUUACCCUGUUUGGUAUGGACGACAGGAGAUGCUGGACUGGUGAAAACACUGAGAGUAUACGUACAUUCGAUAAAUAUGGAACAUCAGGAACGUGCAAGACAAGGAAGGGAUUAAGUGGCGGACUUUCAGAGUAUGAAACGAUGUUUGUUUACAUCAAAGAGGAAGGCGAAUGGAAGCAAAAAGGCUGCUACAUCAACAAGGGACCUAUUCUGGCUCUACCAGACUCGAUAGAUGACACUGUUGAAAACUAUCAAGGAAACGAAAACAUUUUUGAUCACUGCAGAAAGAAGGCUGAGUCUUUUGGCUACAAGCUAUUCGGUGCUGACGAUAAGACAUGCUGGGCAGAUAAGAGUGGCAAAAAUAAGUACGAACUGUACGGGAAAUCUUCACACUGUUCCAUUGGGAAAAGUGGUAAAGGAUCCGGAAGAGAUAUUAACGGUGACAUGUUCGUUUAUCGUUUUGAGUAAUAAUUGUUGAGGUAAAGGAAACCAAAUUCAGGAACGGACGACUCAUAAAGCCGGAAAUAGAUACAGUAUACAGCAUAAUGUGAAACAGUAGUCUAGCGCCUUUGUGUGGGUCUUGGCCACAGGAGCAGCUUCUAGAACACGUAGUGGGUAAAUAAAGGACAUUCAAAAAUACAA